AUGAACGAAGAAGAGCGGAAAUGCAGCUACCAGUGCUCAGAAUGCAACAAAAUAGCAAUACUUGGACCGAAGGAUGCUGUGCGGUGUGUUGAGUGUGGGCACAGGAUUCUAUAUAAAAUCAGAUCAAAUCAAUGGACACAAUAUGAAGCACUAUAA